CGCAUGCGCUGAGCGGAGUCGCUGCUGUUGAUACAGAGAACUGCUGCUGCUGAUGUGGGUGAAAUAACGGCGUUAGUAGUCCAUUAGCAUUGGAUUGGAAAUGGCAAGCUAAUACCAGUUAUUUUCUCAGUUUACACCUCAGCGUCGUGUUUUAUUUAAAGCUUUCUAAAACCGUGUUAUACGUCUUUGGUUUGUCUCUACUGGAAGAAGUAACUGCUAAGUUUGUGUUAGGCUAGAAAAGGGCUCGCUAACACUGGUUAGCAGCUGAGGUCGGCGUCAUUAAAGCUCAGCUGUCGACUCUUCCCGCAGAAGAAGCCAGUUUCCGGAAUUGAAAGAAAGAUGCAGUGAUUACAUACGUGGCUUUCCCUCGUUUGAAUGCAAUAGCUUGGCUCGGUAACUUUUUAUACUCCCGAAAGGCUCGAGAUUGGAUUCGAGACGAUGAGCUAAGUUGAUGCCUGGAUUCAAAUCGGCGCACAUCAAACAACUGCAGAGGAGAUGAGUCAGCUUUGGUGGCGAGUCAAGCGGCUGUCAGAGAGGUUGGAGAAUGACUCUCCUAGCAGCCUCACCCUGGGGUCCCCAGCCACUACAGCCCCACAAGGAUCCAACACAUCAUGGGUGCCUAAAACCCCAGUGGUAACACCAGAUGAGCCAAUUUUCCUCAUGACCUCCACUGCCCAAACUAUAUCAGGGUUUUUUGUUUGGACAGCUCUUCUGAUCACAUGCCACCAGAUCUACAUGCACCUACGUUACUACAGCUCUCCAAACGAGCAGCGGCACAUAGUUAGGAUCCUCUUCAUAGUUCCCAUCUAUGCCUUUGACUCCUGGCUCAGCCUGCUUUUCUUCACCAACGAGGAGUAUUACGUGUACUUCGACACAGUCCGAGACUGCUAUGAAGCUUUUGUCAUCUACAACUUCCUGAGUUUGUGUUACGAGUAUCUGGGAGGAGAGAGCGCCAUAAUGGCUGAAAUCAGAGGGAAACCCAUCGAGUCAAGCUGUAUGUAUGGGACAUGCUGUCUGUGGGGCAGGACCUACUCCAUUGGCUUCCUCAGGUUUUGCAAACAGGCAACUCUCCAGUUCUGCGUGGUAAAACCACUGAUGGCAGUGAUCACUGUCAUCCUUCAGGCCUUUGGGAAAUACAGAGAUGGAGACUUCAAUGUGGCUAGUGGCUACUUGUAUAUCACAAUUAUCUACAACAUCUCUGUGAGUCUGUCCCUCUACGCUCUCUUCCUCUUCUACUUUGCCACACGUGAGCUGCUCGUCCCGUAUAACCCAGUGCUCAAGUUCUUCAUGGUCAAGUCAGUCAUCUUUCUCUCCUUCUGGCAGGGGAUGUUGCUGGCCAUCCUGGAGAAGUGUGGCGCUAUCCCCCAGAUCAACUCUGCUGAUUUCUCUGUGGGGGAAGGAACAGUUGCUGCUGGCUACCAAAACUUCAUCAUCUGCAUUGAGAUGUUCUUUGCUGCUAUUGCUUUGCGCCAUGCUUUUACUUACAAGGUCUACAUGGACAAAAGGCUGGAUUCAUAUGGCUCAUUUCCUAUCUAUGGACAGUACGGUCGCUGUGCCCCAAUGAAGAGCAUUUCCAGCAGCCUGAAGGAGACGAUGAAUCCAGGAGACAUGGUCCAGGACGCCAUCCACAACUUCUCCCCAGCUUAUCAGCAGUACACCCAGCAGUCUACGUUAGAGCGAAGUGGAGGGCCACCGCUCUCCCGCAGCCACAGUAACAUCAGCACCCGCGGGGACAAUGAAAAGACCCUUCUACUCAGCUCUGAUGAUGAGUUCUGAGACUCAAACACACACUCAGAGGCUAACCCUUACUCCUGUAGCCCUUCUCAAGUUUUUAGCAGCCACGGAAGAAUCGGAUCUUUUUUCCCCGACCUCAACAUGGAAGUUCAGGCUGUGGUUCUGGUUAUUUCACAUUUAGAUAACAGUGAAAGAUCAGAUUUAUGUCACAUGGUUGCCAGAUUGCUGAAACCGAGGCAGGGCAGAGUUCUUUCUAAGGAAAAAGGAAAUGUUUGCUACAGCACGGAAAUGAGGAGCGUGAAAAGAAUGUAGAUGUUACAAAUAAAGUGAGGGAGGAGUGAGGUUGAUUCUUUAACUGUCCAAGCUAUUAUUUGUGUUGUUUUAGUUGUGAUUUUAGGCCAUCGCUGAAAGAAAUGCAUUUUUUGUAUUCACCCGUGGAAAAUGGAUUCGUACAGAUAACCGUGCCUGCAUUAUACCAUCUUAAUCCUGCACUAAUGACACUAUGGCAUUAAAAAAGUUAGAUAUGAGCUGGAGAAAAUAAGUGCCAUUUUCUUCUGAGACACGUGGCCUCUUUAUUCUUUACUCUUUACACUGAUUCAUAAUCAAUAUCAAUAUUCCUCCUCACCUCUCUGCUAGCGCUCUCGCUCUUUGUAAUUAUAUAUUGCCAAAUAGCACCCUUUGCUCCAAAUAACAAGACACUGUCUUAAAGUUUAGGUUUGUUGUUUUUUUCAAGUGACCUUUGAAUUGCAGGGGUUAUUUUUAAUAUAUGACUUCAAUGACAAAUAAAUAUUUUAUCUAAAUGUUGUUUGAGCUCGAAGGUGUAUGUUAUUGUUAUCCUAGAAAUUUUAUGAGUUUACUGUGGAUGUCAUCAUUAUGUAAUGUAAUGGCAUUCCAGCUGUUGGCCAGACUCUAUAUUGUUUGCGGAGAAGCACGGUAACAGCUGUAGGAGAGAUAUUUAGCGUAGGCAGGAGGACUGACGGAAGGACAACGCCCACACAGAUUACAGAUUACUGAUGGAGCAGCACUUUCCUGCAUAGUCGGCCCAGCUGUGAUGCGCCCUGGAUUGUGAUCUCAUAAUUAAUGGCAUUGCGUGCUGCACAGAUCGGCCCUGCCUCUGCUGGUGUCAUUUGUAAUGGCAUCACUACGACAGCAGCGGCAAAUAAGUCACGUUGUUAGCCGCUACAGAUAGAGAAUGCGAAGAUAUGCUGGUGAAAACAAGGCUUUAAAUCAGAUUGAAAUCACAUUUGUACUUGAAUAUAUUGAGCAUUUUAAAAUUGGUUGUCAGUACAUUUACAGGGACACGAAAAGUGACUAAACUCCUUCGGGCUGGCCAGAAAUCCUCUGGUUGGCAUUAUGUUUUCUUUUUCCAAAAGAUGGCUGGAACUGUUUAAGUUAUGCAUUCAUAUUUUAUCCAAUUAUGUUUAAUAUGCUAGUAUGGUAUGAAACUUGCAUGUGGUUUGUGGCUCUAAAUGUUUGAAUGGCAGAGCACAGCUGUAUAAAAGCUGGGAUUCUGUUUACGUUGAGUGUAUAUUGAUUUAACAGACUGGAGUUAGUGACUGCGGGUCGACACAUAGUACAUCACAGCCCAACCUUUUGUGAGAAAAGGAGUCAAACCAGCCAAAGUGAUGUGUGCGUUUUCAGUUUGUCUUAAUGAGAAAAUCAUAUUCAGCCAAUAGAAGGUGGGUGAAAGUGUUUGGAUUCCAUCUGUGACCCACAUCCCAUCCAGCCGCCUCCUGCCCCAGUGACCGCAUUACUUGUGUAUCUUUCUACUAAACCUGCAUUGCUUCAGUUAAAAUCAAGGUCGAGUGUGUUUGUUCUGAGCGUUUCAUACUUGAGCAUUUUCUUCAAAACACUGUCAGAUCAUAGUUUUGCAAAGCUUAUUGUAUUUUAAUCCAGAAAAUACUAUAUCCAAAUGGAAGGAACGCUGUAAAUAAAGUCAAACUUAGUGCUGCAAAUCCUUUAUGACGACGACUGGGACGCCAUUGCUUGGUAUAGUGCUCUGUUUGAAUAUAUUUGUGUUUUAAUGGUUUCAUUUCAUAUAUACUCCUGUUUUAUUUUUAAUUUUGUGUUGUAUGAUAUUUUUUUGUUUGUAUAUUGGUAAUAUGACAUGUUUUGAUGCUAUAUCGAUUUGUGUUGAUGUUUCAAAAAUAAAUAAAAGAUGAAUAGUAAAAUAAAAA